CUCGCUAACACUCGUUCUCCAUACGGCGAUAGAUAUUUGCAUCUGCGCGCGCUGAGCUUCUGAAUCUACCGUUCUCAUUGCAAGGCUUGUCACGCAUUCAGCGAAGUCUGGCCGUUAUCAGUCCGCGGGCUCUUCAGCUAUCAUGCCUUCACGGCGGGUAUUUGGGACAGGCGACACGGCUCUCGAUAUUGAUCCAGAUGCACGAGAGAUGCAAGGAGGGGGACCGCAUGGUGUACGACGACCAAGUACUCGAGUCUCUUUCUCAGGACUCGUUCGCAAGCCAAGCAUACUAGACCGAUGGAGUCGAGCGGGAGGCGGAGAUGAGGAGAGUGGAAUCACACAGACCCCAGAGCGACCGGCAAUUCCAAGCGCGCUGCAAGCAUCGGGAGAAGUGUAUACCACACCUCUCCCCAUACUAUCAAUGGCUGUCUUGUCAAUUACGAUGCUAGGGGAGUUUCUCUGUGCGAACGUAUCUGCGCCGUUCUUGUUGUUCAUGGUCGAAGGCUUCGGGCAAUUCCACGACGAAUCACAAGUCGGAUACUGGACAGGACUAUUGGUGUCGACAUUCUUCCUGACGCAAUUUCUCACCUCUCUUCUAUGGGCAACCGUAGCCUCAAAGCACAACCCACGCAUCGUCCUGACGAUCUCUCUGCUAGGCAGUGCCGUUACUUGUUGUCUCUUCGGCACCUCGACCUCAAUUGAACAAGCAAUUGCGACUCGCCUCAUGCAAGGCGUGUUCGCUGGCGCGAUUGGCGUGGCUCGUGGUACCGUGGCCUCUAUUACCGAUCAAAGCAACGAGGGUCGCGCGUAUGCAAUCCUUGGAUUCUGUUGGGGCUUCGGAGGUGUGUCCGGUGCUAUCGUGGGUGGGACGUUCGAAUCGCCCGCCCAGACGUGGCCGAACGUAUUUGCGAAGGUGCCCCUGUUCGUGACUUACCCGUACUUGCUGCCAUGCUGCGUCGCCGCGUCGAUCACGUUCAUUGGCUCCGUGCUGUCCCUAUUCCUCAGUCCGGACUGUGGGCCCCGGGAAGGCGCCAUCCAACUCCCGCCCGAGAAACUCACCAGCAUUCCUGAAGAAGAAUCCCGCCCUUCCACGCCCCACUUCGAUGAGACCGAUGACCGUAGCUUCUACGGUUCUCUCCGCCACAAGGUUUCGGGUUACCUUGCCAAGAGGUCCCCAGAACAAGCACAUGACUCCCCGGGUCCUUCCCGGCCAGUCGAGCCCCCGAUGCCGCUCGUCGAAUCGACCUCGGCACGCAAACUCCGCACCUUCUCCCGCGUGAGCAGAACGAACGGCUCGGCAUACGGAUAUGGCAGCUCAUACCGUAAUCGUCUCGCGAGCGCCGCCAGUAUGGCGAGUCGGCGUGGAAGCACGACGCUCUCACUGCGUCGCAGGCGUGAGAGCGCUUUCGAGGGUGCACCUUCGAGCGUGGCGACUGGGAGCGACAUGAACUUCGCGCAGCGCCUCCUCAUGGCCAACGAGAACGCGGUCACGAAUAUUGCCGAUCUCUGGGUUGCUGCGGCGAUCAACGCAGACAAUGAGGAUCCGUUCGAGGAGAGCGACAGCGAGCUAGACGCGGAGCAGCAGGAAUCAUUCUCAGAUUACGCGCAUGAGCAUGCCGUUGAUGAUGACGAAUUGGAAGAGGGAGACCAUUACGGCUCGCCUUCAACCCCUAGACACAAUCGCUUCUCUCGUCGCGUGUCGUCGGCCGCCGCUCGCACACCCGCUGCGCAUCGAGCAUCGUCAAGCCAACUCCGCCCGUCCUCUUCCGCGCGCCGCUUCUCGAAUCUGCGCCGCGGCUCGUCAUCGCUUGUUCCCGGAGCGGAGGCAGACGAAUUACCACUUCGCCGGCCGUCGUCAGGCGUGCCUCCCAUCUUCUCGCACGUCGGUGUGCGCACGCCUCCGGCCGUGCUUGAGGCUCAGCAGCUACUUGCGCAGGCCGAGGCGGAGGAGGAGAUGGACGCGCUGACGCCCAUUGCAGAGCAGAGCCGGCGCGCGUCGCGUGGGACUAGUCCCUCUGCGACGUCCAUAGUUGCGGAGAACGAGCCUUCGAUUAUGAGCAUGCUUCCACUGGCGAUCAUCUUGCAGUAUGGGUGGCUCGCGCUCCACUCAACCACGCACGACCAAGUGUUCUAUCUCUACCUUGUCUCCAAAUACCCGUCGGGUGGUCUCAAUUUGAACGCCGGUCACUUCUCGCAACUCAUUGCCUUGAUGUGUCUCGCCCAGAUCGCGUACCAGUUCGUAUUAUAUCCGAAUAUCGGCCCUCCAAGAGGCAGAUUCUCACACCUCUCCAUGUUCCGGCUGGGUUCGCUGCUCUUCAUCCCGUCAUACCUCACAGUCAUCCUCUACCGCGUCUUCGCAAGCCCUAGCAAUGACGGCAAUCUCGUUCUAAUGGCCGCUCUGGCACUUAGCACUGCGGUCCGGUACUGCGGUAGCACCUUCAGCUACACUGCGAUUUCGGUGCUGCUCAAUUAUAUGACCCCACCGCAUCUCGUCGGCUACGCGAACGGCAUCGCGCAGAGCAUCGUCAGCCUGGCGCGGUUCGCAGGCCCCAUCCUUGGCGGCACGUUGUGGUCGAAGAGCGUCCAAGACGGCCCAGCCGGUUAUCCACUGGGCUUCAUCGUCUGCUCGUGUGCCUGUGCCCUUGCGAUCCUGCACAGCUUCUGGAUCCGUUGAACGCUAGAGAUGCGGUAAGCAUCUCAGCGCCAGCUUUUACACAUCCUCCCAAACGCCGCUGCCCUAAAUCCACCACGACCGUACGCAAGUUUCUUGGAAUAUUCUUCCUCCCGUCUUGGCAGAUCCGUUGUUGGUCCUGCAUACCAUGUUUCCACGAGUCGUCAUCGCGAUGCCUUAAUGUCUCCAUAAAUUACUCCUAUAUUUCUACACAUGGACCUUUGCAGAAUACACUCUCGU